UGUUCUAGAUGCUUUUAUUUAUUUUACUUUACGUUGAAAUAUUAUUAAUUUCAAUCAAAUAUAAAAUAUAAAACAAAUAAUAAUAAAACAAACAGAUAAAAAAAAAUCAAUACUAUAAGAAUGUCUUAAGAGAGAGAAGAAAUAUUAUAAAAAGAGAUAACAUCUGUUUAAGAUGAAAAUGAUAAAAUAUCUCUUGACUAAAAAAUAGAGAAAUUAUCUGUUUAAGAAAAAUACAGAUAAAGAACAGAAACAAAUCCUAUCUAAAUGUCUCCAGACUAAGUAAAAAAACAAUAUAUUUGCAAUGAAAGAGAGUCUUCUAUGAUGUACUUUGAUGACGAAGAAUAAUUUAAGAAAUAUAUUAAUAACCAAAUUGUUGAAAAAAAAACAGAAGAAUAAUUUAUAUAAUACUUAGUCUUCCAAAAGCAUAUAAAAUAAUUUUUAUCUGUAAAUUCAGAUAGUGUUUUCAUUGACUUAUUUUAUUGA